AUGGUAGACUUCUCUUUAAGGAAAGCAAGGAAUAAUUGGAAGAAAUCGUCCUCCCCUAUAAGACAAAAGCAACCUCAGACUCCAACUACUAAAUCAUCAGUCACUUCUUCACCUUCGAAAACCAAACCAACAAAGAAGAAGAAUCCAUAUGCCAACUUGGGCCAACAACAACAACAACAACAACAGACAUCAACUUCGAAUGCCUAUUCAGAAUUACCAACAGUGGAUCGGAAGGCCAAGAACAAAGUUGCCACAUCAAUGCAAAGAAGAUUAUCAAUCCAUAAUGCAAACUAUAUCCCUCCAAAAUUAGAUUAUUCAAUACCCUUACCACAAGGCAUACCGCCAUUACCAAACAUCCCUGCCAUCGGAGGAGGAGUAGGAGAUACCAUGAAAGCACCAGUGGAUAGUUCUACCACAACAUCAAACAGACAAAUGAAAAAGGAAUCACAACUAUCUAAGAUGUCGCAACCAAAGACUCUUCGUCAUAUCUUAUCAGACCCUAAAUUUAAUGCAAAGAAUUUCGUCAACGAGAAUUUAACUGAAGCGAACGCAUUAGACAUUGAUAAAUUUACUUCAAAUUUGACAAAUUUAUCAGAAUACGUUCAAGAGGAAAUCAAAAGAAACAUUAAUGAUUCUUAUCAUGAAAUUAUGGACGUUAAUAAGGAUCUUUCCAUUGCUGUGGAGGAAUUGAAACGAUUAAGAAUUAAUAUUAAGGCAUUGGGUGAGGUUAUGGAGAGAUUCGAAACUAUCGCUAAGAAUAGAUUGGAUUUAGAAGCUUCCAUAAAAACACCAGGUGGUAGUAGUGGUAAUAGUGCUAAUGGUAGUGGCGGAUUAUUACCAGCGAAGAAAACUACUAGUGCCGUUAAUGGUGUAGGUAGUAAUGUUACCAGAAAUCGUGGUAGAGAUAGAAGUAGUGUCUUGUAUUUAGAAAAGACUUGGGAUGAAGAAUUAACCGCUUUGUUUAAGAAUGUUGAAGGAAUACAAAAAUUUAUUACUCAUUCUAAUAUUAACUCGCAUCAAGGUAGACAUUUGUUAUUGGAGAGUAAUGAUUGGAUGGAAUUAAAUAUCAAUACCUUAAAAUCAUUCCAAAAUGUUAAAUUUUUCAUUCUAAAUGAUUUUAUAUUAAUCGUCACGGGGAAACAUGGUAGAGAUGUCAUUAAACAAAAUGAAUAUGUAGUGAACCAAUGUAUCCCAUUAAAUGAUGUUACUGUGGUGAAAGAUGAUAUAUAUCCUAAUAGACUUCUCCUUAAAUUUAUUAACGGUAAUAAUGGUAAUUGCCUUUAUCAAAGUCGCUCAGAAGAUGAAUGUGAUAAGUUAAUUGACUCGAUUAGAAAGGCUAAAGAUGAUCUUUGUGACAUAUUCCAAAUAGAACAAGAAAAUUCCCAAAAGAUUAAAGAAUCCUUCAAAUACUUACAAUCACAAAAUCAACAAACACCUUCUCAUCCAGGGAAUAGAGAGUCAGUUACAAAGAGCCCCAUAAAGAGACAAAGUAUUGGUUCAUCAGUGACACCAAAGAGAAUUAAUAGUUUAAAUAUGACAACAACUAGCCAUCAUGGUAACAAUGCGACCGUAGUCGGGGCUUCAGAUCUAAUUUCCUUUAGAUACUUUAUCCUUUCCAUGCAAGCUCGUUCCAGAUCUAAUGGUAUGUCAUCAAUUGCUCAACAAUUGAAAAGAUUAGAUGAUUGUAUUGAAGAAGUGGAUAUUAAAUUGACAAGAUUAAAAUUUGCCGUGGCAGUGGAUACUUUGCAAACUGUGGAGAAUCAAUUAACUCAAUUGGUUGAUAAUAUGAAUAAUGAUGAAGAAAUGAUGUUAUACAAUGUUUUGAUUUUAAAAAUACAACAAAGGCGAGAAGUAAUCAUUUCUAAAUUAUCAACGAGUAUUUUGUUUAGUAAUAAUGAUAUUACUAAAUUGACAUCAAAUAUAAAGACUAUGAUUAAAUUAGGAUUACCUGAACAAAGUUUAGAUUUAUUUUUAAACAACAGGACGAAUUUGAUACAAGAUUUGAUUUUACAAAUAGGAGCUGUUGAUAAUUCGACUAAUUAUCUUAUUCAAUUAGCCGUCGUUAGAUUUCAAACUAUUAAUCAAACGAUAUUAAAGUUUGAAGAUAUCUUCCGAAAGGAAUCUUCAUGUGAUAACAAGAUUUCUUCCAUCUUAGUCAGUUGGUGUAACGAAGAAGUAAAUAAACAUUUCAAAUUGAUUGAGAAAUAUUUGCUUAAUGACGAGAAGCUGUCCCCAAUUGCAAUCAAGGCUACAAGGAAACAAUUGGAUGAUUUAAAAUCUGUCGGGUUGGAUUUCGUUUACAAAUUGGAUGAAUUCUUGAGACAAAACGUUUCUCGAAUCGGGUGA